AUGGUACAGCUACCCACACCUGAUUAUCCCUCUGAGAUUCCUCUUCCACUCACCGUCCACCAAAUGACUGUACCAGAGGCGGUAUCCAGGCUUCUUAGCUUUGUCAACUCUUCCCCCACCCCGUUCCAUGCAGUACAGGUCGCUGCGUUGCGUCUCGAGAAUGCGGGGUUCAGCAAGUUACGGGAAAGGGAUGACUGGGAAAGAACCCUACAGGGCGGAGGAAAGUACUACAUGACGCGCAACCAGAGCUGCAUUCUGGCCUUCACGGUUCCACCCAAGUGGAAGCCAGGAGUUGGUGUAUCGAUUGUAGGGACCCAUAUUGAUAGCCCAAACCUACGUGUGCGACCUGUUUCCAAGCGCACAAAAGCGGGCUAUCUUCAGGUUGGGGUAGAAACCUAUGGUAGUGGUCUAUGGUACACUUGGUUCGACCGUGAUCUAUCUCUCGCUGGUAGAAUUAUUCUCAAGGAGAAGCACGGGGGCUUUGUUUCGAGACUCGUCAAGAUCAACCGACCGAUUUUGAGAAUACCAUCACUGGCAAUUCAUCUGGAUAGAGGCGCUGCAGACAAGUUCUCGUUCAACCAAGAGACUGAAAUGGUCCCUAUCCUUGGCCUUGUCGAGAAUGAGCUCAAUUCGGCAUCGACUUCAUCGAAAAUUACCUCAGGUGUACAGGAAAAUCACCACAGCUCACUUUUGGCACUGUUGUCGCAGGAACUGUCUGUCUCACCAGAAGAUAUUCAUGAUUUUGAAUUACAUCUCUAUGACACGCAGCUCUCUCAACUGGGGGGUCUAAACGAAGAGUUCGUAUUUAGCCCUCGCAUGGACAAUCAAUUCUCAUCCUUCUGCGCUGUCGACGCUAUCGUUAAUUUUGCUGAGAGCAGAAGCUACUCGACAUUCCAAGGCAAUGUGAAUUGCAUAGUGCUUUUCAACCACGAAGAAAUUGGUUCUGUUUCCACCACGGGAGCGGAGUCGUCCUUCAUCUUAUCGCUCUUAAAUCGACUUUCACCUACACCUGGGACCCUGGCACAGUCAAUAUCACGAUCGUUUCUUAUCAGCUGCGACAUGACGCAUGCCCUUCAUCCAAACUUUAUGAGCAGGCACGAAGAUAACCAUGCGCCGAUGAUCAAUGGUGGAAUCGCCAUCAAGAUCAACGCGAAGCAACGAUACGCUACCGAUGCUAUUGGCAGUCUCAUCAUUAAACAACUGGCCGAGAAGAAGGGGGGAAAGGUCCAAUACUAUGAAGUCCGAAACGACAUGGUAUGUGGGUCUACUAUUGGUCCGGCUUUGUCGAAGACGGGCAUUCGGACGGUAGACGUGGGGUGCCCGAUGCUAUCCAUGCAUUCAAAUCGCGAGACCGCUGGUACACGCGACGUUCAAAGUGCACUUGAUUUAUUCACGGCGUUCUUCGAGAGCUUCGCAGAAUUGGACCAGACUCUUCCAGUGGAUUGA